UUCCAAGAGUGAAAUUCCACCUCUCCCUCUCUCUCUCUCUCAUGCCACACCUCACCUUCCUAUAUAUACUUUAAACCACCCUUCUCUUGCUACUCACAUUUUCAUCAAAAUACAAACUACAAACUUUUUUUCCUUUCUCACCAAUAUUCUGCAAAAUGCCAGACCAAUACCUUAAAGAACCUCGUACUGUUUCCAGAAAGUUCCUGGCAAGACCUCAACAUGAAGGUGUUGGUGCUGUUGUUAGAAGAAGCAUAGGAAGAUUUGAGCUCAAGUACUUCGAUCCUUUCCUUGUCUUGGAUGAAUUCUCAGUGGCUGCUCCUGCUGGGUUUCCUGAUCAUCCACAUAGAGGCUUUGAGACGGUCACAUACAUGUUACAGGGAGCUGUAACACAUGAAGACUUUGAAGGACAUAAGGGAACAAUCGAAGCCGGUGACUUGCAGUGGAUGACUGCAGGGAGAGGGAUAGUUCACUCAGAAAUGUCUGCUCCUUCUGCUCAAGGAACCCAAAAGGGUCUACAGCUCUGGAUUAACCUUGCUGCCCAGCAUAAAAUGAUUGAACCAAGAUAUCAAGAAAUGUUGAGCAAGGACAUAGCAGAAGCUGUGAAAGAUGGAAUCAAGGUAAGAGUGAUUGCAGGGGAAGCUCUUGGAAUUAAGUCUCCAAUCUACACAAGGACACCAACCAUGUACUUGGACUUUACUCUUAAACCUGGUGCACACUUGCAACAACUCAUACCAAAAUCUUGGAAUGCUUUUGUGUACAUCUUAGAAGGAGAGGGUGUAUUUGGAAACUCAAAAUCUCAGCCUACAACACCUCACCACAUUCUUCUUCUUGGUUCUGGGGAUGGCCUAGAGGCAUGGAACAAAUCUUCUAAGGCACUAAGGUUCAUUUUGGUUGGAGGUGAACCAUUGGGUGAACCUGUGGUGCAAUUUGGACCCUUUGUGAUGAACACUCAAGAAGAGAUUGACCAAACCAUAGAUGAUUUUGAGAACUAUACCAAUGGAUUUGAGAAAGCAAGACACUGGAAGUCUGAGAGUGCUGUUAGUCUUGAUUUUUAAUUUUGUUUAUUUGAUUUCAUAUUUGUUCUUUAUUUUGGGAAGAUGCAAUGCAAGGAAAAAUAAAUACUCCAGUCCCUUUUUUAGUUAUAA